AUGAGCAUCUUACACAGGCUCGAUCUGCCGGAUUUGAUUGGCAACAGUCCCGGCCCAGUGUGGUCGACGCAUCGUUACAAGGGAAUUACCCGAGUAUACAGAGCGGCCACCAGUAAUCAGCACAGCAAAGCCACCGGACAGCACACGCUCGAAACGACGUCAUAUCCUACCACCGGCAAGGUUAUCCCAGAAGACUGGAAGGUCAUUCAGUGUAGUCAUGACGGAGGGCUUGUUCUUGCCCACAAGGUGACGGGCAGCAAGUCUAAAAAGAACGACUCCGAAAUCUCUUCGACUAUUCCUCUUAGAAUCGACUACGUCGUGCAUGAGCGUCUAAAGUAUGAUCAUCACCCUUUGCAACCUAGGCAGACGAAUCCUCGGCAGCAGACAAGGUUGAUCAUUGAAAGCGAUCUCGACGGCCGGCGUGACGUUCAACAAGCUGCCUCCCUAUUACUUCAGCUACUUGACAGAUCGGGCGUCGAUGGAUCGGGCGUUGACGAUGGAUCGGGCGUUGAUGUCGAUGAAACUCGGAACAGCAAACAGUACCCCGGACCCCUUCUCCACGACCCGAUAUACCGUUCCCUAAAGGCUCUGGGACUCGACGACUUUCUCUCAAAGAUCUUCCACCGCUCGUCCCUGCCUCCUAACGAUGGAUACCGCUCGUCCCUGUCUCCUACCGAUGAAUACCACGCCCUGUUCUCGCUUCUCAACGAAGUGACUCCACUCGGCUUCGACACGAGAUGCUUCUGCUUGCCGUCCGGGAAGGGUUCUGGUGUUCUUCAGGUUCUGCACUACCCACCACUGGCGGCAGGACACAUGCCAAAGGAGUUCUUCGAUGACCCAAACAACAUCGUUAUCAACGGGUUGAGGGCAAAGGGAUGGACGAACAGUCCGGCGUUAAUGCGACGAGCAGGGUUCGUCGACGUUAUCCCGGUUACCACCGCUAUCCCCUAUGGUAAACCCUCAACAGCUAGAGGCAUUCCCGGCGACACCCUAGGAGAUUUAGGACCUCUGAUCCAUGAGAUAUGUCUCCAAUUCACGGAACAAUAUGUCCGGCGAAAGGUUGAAGAAGCGCAGGGGAUGGUCAUCGCGGCUUGCGGUACGAUCGCCCAGAAUACCGUCAAACGCAGCCUCAGCCGAGGUUUGACAAAGAGACAGACACCCCUCUGUGACAUCUAUUACAGUCAAGGAUCUGUCAGGGUGAUUGUGUUCAAUUGGACACAUUACUGCUAUCCAUACCUGCCUUUCCUGUCAUUUGAAAGCCCUUGGCUCCAAGAGGCAGCACGGGUUCAUGAUCAAGGUAAUGACUUCCUGCUACGCUUGGUGGGAGGAGAUCCCCAACCCAACAUGUUCUAUUCCUCGGCAGAGCUGCAUCCUAGGAACGCCCAGGCUGGAGGACAGCCUACUCAUUGGCAGAACCCAAACGAAGUGCACAGGCUGGUGGAGAAGGAAAUCGAGACGGGUCAUUCGAUUGGAUGGGAAGAUAUCCCUCAAGGGAUAAGGAACGUUGCCGAGAAAUACGGAGACCUCGACACCUACCAAGGUAACUCGACUUUAGCAGAGCACUCCUGGACUUGCAGUCAGGCUCGAAGGCGGACGACUUGGGAAGCUCGACGUGAGGACUCGAAGGCCAACCUCGCUUAUAGCAGGGCGAAAUGUCAGCCUGGUAUAUUGACCAAUGAUGAAGUGCCCACUCGGCUCGACGUCCUCACAACUCCCGAGUUGAAUCGACUGGUCAGGCAAUAUAUAAAGGGGAUAUGGGUCGGUCUUCUCUCCGGAGCAACGACAGGUGGUUCAAGAAAGAUGUCUCAUGGAUCCUCGGGAAGCUGGAACGAGAAGAGUUUGGGUUCUACGACAAGAAGAGACGCAGGAUGGUUCCCUUUGAUUGGCGUCUGA